CUCCUACUUCUGUUUUUAACUCAUUUUCAAUUUCAGUCUACUCUUCUCAUUUCAUUUUAAAAACUGCUUUUGCCAUAAAAAAUGAAUAUGAUGAAAUUAACGUUAAAUAAUUAUUUUGUAUACCUAAGUAAAUUAGAUAGAUUAUGGCAAAAGAAAACUGAGUUAUCUUGUUAUGCUGUCUUUUUAGUUUUAAUAAUUUUUUGGUGUCGCAUCAAAUGGAAUCGUAGAUUUAUUGAUAGAUUUGCAGCAAAAUUACCAGGUCCUCAAUCAUAUCCAUUAAUUGGUUCAGGACUAGAAUUUACAGGGACAUUACAACAAAUAAUGGACAAAAUUAUUCAAUUAACUGAAAAGUUUGGUUCAGAACCAUUUAAAGUCUGGUUAGGAUCAACAUUAGCUGUAAUGUUAACAAAGCCUGAAGAUCUAGAAAUUAUUUUUAACAGUUCCAAAGCUCUCAAAAAAGAUGAAAUAUACAAUUUUUUAAUAAACAUUUUAGGAGAAGGAUUAUCUACAGCUCCCGUAUACAAAUGGAAACAGCAUCGAAAAAUAAUUACUCCCAUAUUCAAUACUUCUUUCAUAAAUCAACUUUUACCAAUUUUUAAUAAGAAAACAUCAAUCUUUAUAAGAAAUCUUCAAAAAGAACUAGGAAAAACUGAAACAUUUGAUAUUUUUGAUUAUAUAAUUUCUAGUUCAGUUGAUACUAUAUGUGAAACCUCAAUGGGAUAUAACUGUGAUACACAAAGCGAUGAUAAAUUUGUUUUCAGCAAUGCAAUUAAUGAAAGCACAAAAGUUAUUUGUUCGAGGAUGUGUAAACCAUGGUUGUAUCCUAAUUUUAUUUUUAAUAUAUAUGCAAAAAUAACUGGCUGGCAGCAAAUAUGCAAGAAAUGUCAUGAAUUACCAGAUCAAAUAAUUAAAGAAAAAAAAUUUGAACACGCCCAGAGGAAAACAAUGGAAAAUACUUCUAAAAGCGAAAAAAACCGAUUUAAAGUCUUUUUGGAUAAGUUACUGGAAUUAAAUGACCAAGGAGCAAAUUUUUCAGAUAAAGAUUUAAAAGAUCAAGUUCUUACUAUGAUGAUAGCGGGUUCUGAAACAAGUGCUUUAACCAUCAGUUUCUGUAUUUUAAUGUUAGCUAUCCAUCAAGAUAUACAAGAUAAAGUUUAUGAUGAAAUCUAUGAAGUAAUGGAAAAUGGUGAUCAAACAUUAACAAUCGAAGAUACGGUUAAGUUUGUGUACUUGGAUCAGUGUAUUAAAGAAACUCUUCGAUUAUACCCAUCAUUACCCAUAAUUAUGAGACAUAUUGAAGAAGAUGUUAAAAUAACAAACUAUACUAUUCCAAAAGGCACUACUGUAAUGAUAUCUUCAAUAGGAACACAUCAUCUACCAGAAUUUUAUCCAAAGCCCUGGGAAUUCAAUCCGGAGAAUUUUGAUCCAGAGAAUGUGGCUAAACGACACAAGUAUUGUUUUAUUGGUUUUAGUGGUGGACCUCGUAACUGCAUAGGAAUGAAAUAUGCAAUGCUUUCUAUGAAAGUUACACUGUCAACAUUUUUACGAAAUUAUAGUGUACAUACAAGUUGUAAAAUGUCUGACAUUAAGUUAAAAUUUGAAGUUUUGAUGAAAAGUGUUUAUGGAUAUCCAGUUACAAUACGUCCAAGAGUGAGAACUCCAUCGUAUCAAUUGAAGAUGAAAAAUAAAAACUUAUAAUAUACAAAUCAAAUUAUGAAGUAGAAUAAUAAAUUAGGAACUUAAACCAUAUUGUUUAAUUAUAGUUUUAUUGUAUAUAUCACUUUUAGAAUAUUCAAUUAGUAGUAAUCAUACUUUAGUUUAUUAUUAUAUAAUAUCCUUUCAAAAUUUAAUUAUUUAUUAAAUUAUUUUUUAAAAAAAUCAGACAACCCUAGAUUAUACAAAAUUGUUUCUCUUGUAUAAUCAAUAUCCGAGGAUGGUAUUUUCGGAUUAAUACGGAAAAUUAAUCUUUACAUUUUUUUUGACUAAUUAGACUUUUGAAAUUAAAUGCAUUAAGUGGAUAGAUCUAACUGACAACUCUUAUAACUUUAGAUCUAU